GUGUUAAUACUGACAAUGCAAGGUGUCUUGAAUGAUGUGUUAAGCACGAUGGUUGCGAUUACGGAGAAAAAGGCUGCGGCCGUUAAGAAGCCCGCAAAGGGUAAGGAGGACAGUAAGAAGCUGCCCGCUGUACCAGAGUCCGUCCUCAAGCACCGCAAGAGGAGGGAUGCUCUUAGGGCUCGUCGCCUACAGGUCACACUAAAAAGGCGUUCGGCCGCAGUGAACAAGCGUAAGGAGAUCUUCAAGAGGGCAGAGCAGUAUGUUAAGGAAUACCGCAUCAGGGAACGUGAUGAAAUCAGGCUAGCUAGACAGGCUCGCAAUCGCGGCAAUUACUAUGUGCCCGGCGAGGCCAAGCUGGCGUUCGUUAUUAGAAUCCGCGGUAUCAACCAGGUGUCACCCAAGGUAAGUAACUUCGUAACUAAAUAUAGUAUCUAAGUUAGAGAUGAUAGGCCAU